CACAGCUGUCGAAUUUUGCCUUUUCAUCCCAACUUUGUGUGUUCAAGAGAGAAAAGACCAGAACUCCCUUCGAGAAAUAAACCAACCGACAAGAUGCACAGCUUCCGCUACUCCAUGCUCAUCGCCUCUUUGGCCGGCGCCGCGAGCGUCGCGGCCCACGGCCACAUCACCAACAUCGUCAUCAACGGCGUCUCGUACCAGACGUACGACCCCACCAGCUUCCCGUACAUGCAGAACCCGCCCACGGUCGUAGGCUGGACCGCCAACCAGCCCGACAAUGGCUUCGUCGAGCCCAGCGCGUACGGCAACGGCGACAUCAUCUGCCACAAGGCCGGGACCCCGGCCGGCGGCUUCGCCACGGUCGCCGCGGGCGACAGCAUCUCCAUCCAAUGGGACACGUGGCCGGAGUCGCACAAGGGGCCGAUGAUGGACUACCUCGCCGCGUGCAACGGGGACUGCUCGGCCGUGGACAAGGAGAGCCUCGAGUUCUUCAAGAUCGACGAGGCGGGGAUCCUCGACUCGAGCUCCGCGCCCGGCCGCUGGGCCUCGGACGUGCUGAUCGAGAACAACAACUCGUGGCUCGUGCAGAUCCCCGCGAACCUCAAGGCGGGGCAGUACGUGCUGCGCCACGAGACCAUCGCGCUGCACUCCGCGGGCCAGGCGAACGGCGCGCAGAACUACCCGCAGUGCGUCAACAUCGAGGUCACGGGCUCCGGGACCCUGGUGCCCGCCGGCGUCAAGGGGACCGAGCUGUAUGCGUCUGCGGACGCCGGUAUCACGGUGAAUAUCUACACCAGCGGCCUGGACUACAAGAUCCCUGGCCCGCCGCUGAUCGAGGGCGUGCCGGCCACGGUCGAGCAAGUCCGUUCCGCGAUCACGGCCUCGGCGAGCGCUACCGUCGGUUCUGGCAAUGGCGGUGGUGCUGUUCCUACUACUGCCCUAUCGUCCGCUACGACCCUUGUGACGUCUACUCGCGCCGCCACGACGACAUCCCCUGCCGAAACGACUGUCGCUAGCACCACGGCGGCGCAGACGGCGACGACUACGGUAUCUGGCGGCGUUGCGGCGCAGACGCUGUACGGACAGUGCGGUGGGAUGAAUUGGGAUGGUCCGACGGCUUGUGCCGAGGGCACUUGCACGGAGUAUAACCCGUAUUACGCGCAGUGCGUCAACGCUUAAGCUGUUUUCUGCUUUCUGCUGCGAAAAGCGAAGAGCUGUUGUGAUCCUUCCUUCUAAGUUAUGAAAAAACUCCCGUGAUCUACACUGCAUGAUUGAUCGUCGAAACACCCCACGUACGGGAUCGCGCAUAUUG